AUGCCACCCCCACGUCGCCAACUCACCUUCAAUCCCGUGAAUGGCGUCCGAACCGUACAGGCCCUCCGGCGGGCUGUUGACCUGGCCAAGUUCCUAUCGCCAACCGUUGUGCACUUUCAGGGAGACGGCACCGCCGGCGGGAAAAGAGACAUAUACUUGAGUGCCGGUAUACAGAAACGACUGAGAAAGGUCUUUGACACCCUGCGGGGACAAGAUAGCUUGCUAUCGUCUGCCAAGUUUGAGAGGUUCCUCGCCGGCGAGCAAGGAGAGUCUACACCCAAGUCACCCCGGGACAACUACACCUUUGAGCAGUUCCUCGAAGUUUGGUGGAUGGUGUUUGGCCUGGACGCCGUCAAGCCGGCCGACGCUACUCCGAAGGACUUGACGAAGCCCAUCAGCAACUACUUCAUCAACAGCAGUCACAACACGUAUCUGACCGGCAACCAGCUCAAGUCACGAUGCAGUGCCGACGAAUACAGGAAGGUGCUACGGCGAGGCUGUCGCUGUAUCGAGAUCGACGUGUGGGACACUCCGCACUCGCCGAGCUCCAGCCCGGAUAGGACGCUCAACGCACCGUCCAAGCCCGAACACAGCCGCCACCUCUCCGGCAGCAGCCUACACAGCGCCGCCGCGACUUUUGUAGAGAAUGUAGAGGAGGCAAUAAGUAAGCGAAUGAUGGGAGAGAAGCACCGCAGUCGCAGCCCCAGCUACACGCAGACUGGUCUCCCAUCUCCGCCCUUCGCGCGCCAGAGCUCUCCCGCUUUGGGCGCCACGGCGGCAGAAGACCGUGCUCCCUCAAGAUCCCGAUCCAGACACUCAUUCCAGACACACGAGCCCAUAGUCAUGCAUGGCUGGACCCUUACACCGCCCAUCGGCUUUAGAGACGUAUGCAAGGCGAUCCGCGAAAGCGCGUUCCAAACAAGCAACCUACCUGUCAUCGUCAGCCUGGAGGUCCACUGCGGGUUCGAACAGCAGGAAGUCAUGGUGCAGAUCAUGAAGGAGGAGUGGGCUGGACUGCUGGUUGAGAAACCGAACGACGACUGUCCUACUGCCCGGCAGCCGAGGCUUGAGGAGCUACUCAACAAGAUCCUGGUCAAGGUCAAGAAGGCAUCCAAGCAAGACGCUUCUGGGGUAAUGCCCUCACUGGCGCCGACUUCGACGUGGGACGACGAUGUUUCAGGGUCGGAAGACGAGAGAAGCCCCGUGAAAAAGCUCAAGACACCCAUUUGCGAGAAACUUGCCGCGUUGGCCAUCUACACUCACAGCGAGCAUUUCAAGAAUUUCGAAUCUCACGCCGCCAAAACCCCGUCACACAUCUUUUCCAUCAGUGAAAAGCGAAUCCUGGACCUUGCCACGACCAAGCACCGGGAGAUCUUCCACCACAAUCGCCACUUCUUCAUGCGUGCGUUUCCCAAGGGCAUGCGUUACGACUCCUCGAAUAUGGACCCGUCGCCCUUCUGGCGCAAAGGGGUUCAGAUGGUUGCAAUGAAUUGGCAGUCAUGGGAUGAGGGCAUGAUGCUCAACGAAGCCAUGUUUGCCGGUGAGCAAGGUUGGGCGUUGAAACCGCCGGGCUACCGCAGCGAAGACGUGUCGCCGCUAUCCCUCACUAGCAUCCCUCAUCGUACCCUCAGCCUAUGCAUCACCGUGCUGGCUGGCCAACACAUCCCGCUGCCCGAGGACGCCGGCAGCGGGAGUGGCAAUGCAAAAUCUUUGCGCCCCCUUGUCAAGUGCGAAUUGCAUGUCGAGAAGCUGGAUGACCGGGUCGGUGCUCCUGCCUCGACUGGCACAGUCAACAAAAAGCAGCACACAGCGUCGGCCAAAUCUGAUCAUCCGGACUUCGGAGACCAACAGAACACAUUCGAGUUCCUCAACAUUCCGAAUGUGGUGGAUCAGCUCAGCUUCGUGAGGUUCAAGGUCGAAGAUGCUGCAAAAGGCUUCAUCGGCAAUCCGUUUGCCGCCUGGGCAUGUAUCCGCCUCGAUCGUCUCCAGUCGGGGUAUCGCUUUAUCCGCCUGAUGAGCCCGAAGGGGGUCGAGACGAGUGGUGUCCUGCUUGUCCAUGUCAGGAAGUCGUUAAGUGAUAGACUAGCCCCUUAA